AGUUGCAUAGUUGCAAUCGGGAUCAGAGAACACAACACCUCAGAAUUAUGGCGAAGUUUCUGAUAAUCAUGACGACGUUGGUGGCUGUGGCCAUAGCCUACCCUGGUUAUGGCGGUUCAAGCGGUGGUUUCGGCCAGGGCAGCCAGGGCGGGUUCGGUGGAAACAGAGGAGGCGGUUUCGGCAGUGGUAGUCACGGAGGUGGCUUCGGCAGCGGCGGCCAAGGUGGUUUCGGCAGCGGCGGCCACGGAGGUGGCUUCGGCGGUGGCAGCAGCUACGGCGGUCACGGAGGUCACGGCAGUCAUCUGUCUGAGCUAGAUAGCGGUUUCGGUAGCCAGGGAGGCUUUGGAGGCAGCCGUGGAAGUCAGGGCGGCUUCGGAAUUAGCCACGAACGUCAUAGCGGCAUCGGAAUUAGCCACGGAAGUCAAGGCGGCAUUGGAUUUAGCCGCGAAAGUCAAGGUAGCCUCAGUGGUAGCCACGCAAGUCAAGGCGGAUUUGGUGGCAGCCGCGGAAGCCAGGGCGGCUUUGGUGGCAGCCACGGUAGCAGCGGAUACGGACAUAAAUAUUAAAUCUUUUUUGAGUACGUAGUACCCAUCUAAUGUAAAAUGUGAUAUUGUAAAAAUGUAAAUUGUGAUAUUCAUCGACUCCCAGUUCAGUAAUUAAAUUUUUAAUUGAA